AUGUUCAUGCACCACGGAGGCGGCAAAGCGGAAGCAGCGCCAACGACCAUCAAUCCGAGCACAUUCGACGUCAAAAAGGAGCUGGAAUUUGGUCUUACGGUCAACAAGUGGAGAGCUAAAGCUGCUGCUGCGCAGCAAGCUGCUGCAGACAAGGCGCAAGCACUCGAUACCGAGCCUGCGCCAGCUCCGGUCAAGAAAAAGGAGAAAAAGGCGCAAGCAAAGCAACCUGAAAAGCAACCUGAGCAUGUGCCUGCACCUACGGCCGAGCCUUCUCCAGCGCCUAGCAAACCUCCAACCGGACGGCUGAGAAGGAGAAGCGGGACGGCGAGGGAGCUUGCACCUGUUAUCGUGGAGCGAUCGAGCGUCGUUGGGUCGGAAAGCACCUCGGUGCGUGAAGUAGCGGCUUGAGAAGUUUGUAGUCAAAUAAGGGGAAGGAUUUUGGCUGACAAAGGUGCGCUUCUUUCCCUUUUACCUGUUUUUCCCCAUCUGUGUUUUACAUGCCACACUACCCUUACACACGGCGCAACGUCAUCGUGAUUUUGUUCUUGCUUCAACACUGACUUUGAUCGAUUGGUCGAUCCUUCGUUCGAUGCGGCCCUCGACGUUUCCGGUCUGCGCUGCAAUUUUGCUUCGAUCGACGCAUCUCGUUACUUUGCCCUGUCGACCCCGGCACUGAUUGCAGCCAACUGCGCUCAAUCGGCGUCUACUUACAGGGACCGCUGGCAUGGUCGUUGGCGGACUCACCACGUUACCUUUGCUGUUGGAUGGUAUCAAAGGACUUGCAAAUGCUGGAAAACAUGGCUCAGGGGGUGUGGCGCCCGGUGGACAGACUCCCGUUGAUCCCAAGCUCGCCAAAGCGGAAAUAGAGGCGACAAAGGCGGCGGUAGAAAAGCAAAAAGCUGCCGUUGCCAAGAUCAAGCAAGAGGAAUUCGUUGCUGAGGCCAAAGCCUUCAAUGAAGAUGCAGACUUUAAGAAGACCAUCGUGGAGAAUGGGGAUACUGUCAGGCAGAAUAGAGGUCGACUCACUGUGCCAAAAUGGUACAAUAAGCUGAAUUACAGCAAUGCUGGGCAGCAUAUAAAUAUUCCCAAACUCCGCUGA